AUACAAGUUGGGUUGAAAGAAAGAAGUAUUGUGUACAUGUGUCGUUUAGCCAUUUUACCGUCCAGUUUGACAGAAACAACAGCCGGCACAACUUUGACAACAAUGUCAGCACCGUAUGGAUCGGGUGCUAUGCGUACUCUACGCCGGAACGAAAGAAGAAAAAAGGCUAACCUGCUGGCAUUUAUAAGUAUAUACUGUACGUGCCUGGAUUCAAAUUGUGCAUUAUCACCAAUUUCGUGCUUUAGGUUUAUUUACUGA